ACUACUAUUCCCUUACUCUUCACUCCGCCUUGGUACCUUGGUAGUAGUAAUAAGACCCUCGAAUAGUUUGACUGCUUAGCCAAUUUCUCUCCACCAUCACCACCGCCGCCACCACCACCACCCCCGACCAGCGUGAACCACCUUGGGUGGUCAUUUUUUUGUUAGUGAUGAUGGAACCCAAGUUCACCGGAAAGCCCAUAACGGCCCACAACGCUGUUGACCUGGACCAAAUGCCAGACACUCCCAACCGAGGAGCCCACCACCGCCGAGCCCAAUCCGAGACUUUCUUCCGCUUCCCUGACCUGGACGACGAUAUCCUCUUAGACGAUGUCGUCGUCUUCGACCUCCCUCCAGGUCCUUCUCUUUCGUCAGAUGCUACCCAGCUUCAGCCAAACAACAAUGAGUCGGGCCGGGCUCAGGCUCAGCCUGCUAGGCUUAUUGAGAAAAGUCAUUUCAGGAGCUUAUCCGUGGACGCUGACUUCUUCGAGGGUUUGAAUUUUGGUGCCUCGUCGUCCUCCUCCGCCGACGGGGUCGGCGGAGGAGGGUCCGCGGCUGCGGGUUCGGGGGCGCCCUUGGGCCCUCGUCAUAGGCAUAGUAGUUCCAUGGAUGGGUCGUCGUCUUUUGCUUCGGCCAUGACGACGUCGUUUGAAGCUAUGAUGGCGGAUUCUGAUAAGAAGACCGCGGGAGCAGAUAGACUCCAAGAACUUGCUUUGAUUGAUCCUAAAAGAGCUAAAAGGAUUCUUGCAAAUAGACAAUCUGCCGCACGUUCUAAGGAGAGGAAAAUACGCUACACAAGUGAGCUUGAAAGGAAAGUACAAACCCUGCAGACAGAAGCUACAACGCUAUCUGCACAGGUCACAAUGCUGCAGAGAGACACAACGGGGUUAACUGCUGAGAACAAGGAACUCAAGCUGCGUUUACAGGCUAUGGAACAGCAGGCACAUCUUAGAGAUGCACUGAAUGACACACUGAGAGAAGAAGUGCAGCGGCUGAAGAUAGCAGCUAGCCAAAUACCAACUGCCAACGGAAACAAUUUUAACAGAGGAAUGCGACCACAAUAUUCCUCCCAAGCUCAGACCUUCCAUCACUUCGGCAAUCACCAGGCAGAGCAGCACCAGCAGCAGCAACAGCAUCACAUGCCUCAGUCCACAAUGAACCCGGGUUUUAGUACACAGCCCAAACCUAGCUUCCUGGAUUUCAAUCAUAAGGUUUAGUACGGUGUCCAUAUUUCACGUGGUGGUUAGGUACUGAAAUGUAAUUGGCCGGAUAGAAUCUUGUAUAUGUUACAUGUACUGCAGGUAAAGGUGGGGUAAGAUUGUACUUGCAUGCUGACCAUCUGUUAGUAUUGUUGUAGUGAAUCAUAAUGAUAUAAGGGGGAAAAGAUAUAAUGAUGACCAUCUUGUUAUGUUUACUUAUCAAAUGAUCAAAUGAUAUAAGCAGGUGAUAUUUGUACUUAGAAAGAUAUCUUGUGAUUCUUGUCUACAUCAGAAUAGCAUUUUAUUAGUGUUUUUUAUGGCCA